AUGUCGGAUUCAGAGCUCAGCAGGAAGUGGGACCGGUGCUUGGCAGAUGCCAUCGGGAAGAUAGGUACUGGUUUUGGCUUAGGACUUGUUUUCUCACUUACCUUCUUUAAAAGAAGAAUGUGGCCAUUAGCCUUUGGUUCUGGAAUGGGGUUGGGAAUGGUCUGCUCCAACUGUCAGUGUGAUUUUCAGGUUCCAUAUCUUCUACAUGGAAAAUAUGUCAAAGAGCAGCAGCAGUGA